UGUGGAAUCUUCCUUUGUAACUUUCCAAGUAGGAGUCCAGGCUUCAUUCCAUCUGUGCCAGCUCGGGACACUACCGAGCCAGCACCUGCUUACCGAGCACCUAGGGGGCGCCAGGUCGCACUGGGGGACCCAGCCCCCCCCAGGAGCUCCCAGUCUUGGAGGGACACACUGGCACCCCAGGAAACAAACGGGGAAAUGGUCAAGUCUGCUGAGCACCGUUCAUUCAUUCUUUCCUUCCUUCCCUCCCUCCUUCCUUCAGGAUGUCAUUACUGACCCCCCCUCGGGCGCCGGGCGUUAUAAAAGGUGCUCUGGCGUCGGCGGGAAGCAAAACAGACCGAGAUCCCUCCCAGAGCUGGCGUUCUUGGCAGGGAGAGGAGGGCGAGAGGCAACAAAUUAUGUGAACGAGUCAAAUGCGCGCUCAGGUUCGACGGCACCGACGGGGCGUGUGGCGGCCGCGACUGGGAGUGAAGUGACUGGAGAGGGGACGUCUGAGCAAUCCAUGCAGAGGACGAGGGUUUCGGGCAGAGGGAACAGCACGUGCCAAGGUCCUGGGGUACGCAGAGUGAGGUGUCACAAGGGCGGACAGCGGGACCCUGUGGCUUUGCCUCUGAGAGGGGUGGGGGCUCUGGGAGGGUCUUGAGCAGAGAACAGGAGAGACAUGGGCUGACAUCCUCACAGCCCGCGCCACCCUUGUUCUGAGGUCCCAUUCCCAGUGCUGUCGCCCUCCAGGAGGGGGCAGGACCAGGCUGCAGCUGGGCUGGGCGCUGAGUGGCUGCAGGUGGAUUCCGGCUGCGCGUGAGGACUUCCGGAACGUUCUGAGAAUCUGCGUAAGGGGAAAUUGCCGCUCUCCAGAGAACGCAGACGGGGACAGGGCCAUGGGAGGGGGCGGGCAGGUUCGAGUGCCUCUUCUCGAAGUGGCAUCGCCAGGCGCUUGCGCAGUGCCGGGCCUGGCGCCGGGUUUUUGCUGGUGGAGGGCCAGGUGUCUCAGAAAACGCGAAGACCUCCCCCGAAAAACAAAGCAAGCAAACCUCAGCUUUUCCACCGCCCGGACCCGACAGAGGACCUGACUGUCCUCUUUCUCCCAAAAUGCCUUCAUUGGCUUUUCUGAUCCUAAGGCGGCCACACACGCACUCCACAGAACCUUUCCAGAAAGAGAGAAAGGUCCUUUUGUUCCCCAGCCCUGAGUAUUCCCUGGAAUUUUCUCUCCCCCGACGCACCUAGACGCUAUUGUUGUUUCGCACGCGGUUUUGCAAUGGGCUUUUUUCCACUCGACAAUAGGUGGCCCCGCAGCUUUUAUUUCCAGAAAUUGGAAAAUGAAGCGUGUCCAGCCUACGCCUCUCCACCCAACACGGGCUGAAAUUUAAGCUACGUGAACCCGGCUGGGCCGGGGUGCCAGGGCGGGCAGACCCCGACGUGCCGGGAGCGCGGCGAGGAGAGGCUGGGGGCGGGUGGCACGGGUGCCAGGUUUCUGUCCCCUGCGGCUCCCCUGCUCCCUCCACACUCGGCCCCUGCACCAUGCGGACGACCAGGGGGAGCAGGUGCUUACAGUAUCACAGGAAGGGAAACUGAGGCCCACAGAGGGCCGGGGGCCCAGGCCUGGAGGUUUCUGCCCCUACCCACUGUUCCGCCCUGCGGGGGGCUGUGCAAAGUCCCUCCGGUGGCCUCGGAAAAACCCUGACAUGCCAGGCCUCAGCCUCCCGAAGAGCGAGCCGGCGCUGGCUCCGUCCUGCAGACCGGAUGGCCGAGGCCCUGAGGACUGGCCUGACCCGGCCCCGGCCACACAGAGGUCAAGGCCGUUCUCCUGAGCUCUUGGGGUCGAGAGCGCCCAGGUCAGAAGAGCCCUGCUGUCAGCCCAGCCGCAUAACCCAGGGGCCGCAGGGGGGUUCCAGCUGUAAAUGAGCACUUCCAGAACAUUCUGGAACAUUGUGGGGUUGGGGGAACUUGUUACUCUGAAGAAUGCCAAGGGAGACAGGGUGGUCGGGGUGGAGGGGAACUCCACCUCAGUUUCCCCGUCUGCACGCGGACGUGCGGAGAUGGGUGACACCUGGGCGGGAGGGCGAAGGGCCCAUGGUGGGGACGGCGCAGGCGUCUGGGGGCCUCUGCCAAGCCCACUGGUGACCCCGAGCCUGCGCCAGCCUCUCGGGGCCCGUCACUCACCUGCCACCCACACCACACACCUGGGCCCCCUCCCCUCCGCCUGGCUGCAAGCCCGGGGUCCCGGGAGGAGGACGGGGACCCUCGGGCCCAGCCCGGGCUUCCCUGCAGGCGCUGAGGGCGGGUCCCAGCGGGCAGGGGUGGGGCACAGGGUGCCCUGUCCCCAACACACGGUGGUUGGCGGUGCUCCCCUCCCGCCCGGGCCCUCUGCCCUCCUCCUGAGCUGCCCGCGCCCCUUGGCCCACAGCCCGGAGGCCCCAGGGGAAGGAACUUUCCAGAGGGCUGGCGGCUCCAUCACCACCCAGCCCGGGCCCGGGGAGGCGCUGGGGGUCCGAGAGGGCAGAGACCCCAGCGAGGGGGCCCAGAUGACCUCCCUGCACCCACGAGCCGGUCCCAGCUCAUCCGGAGCCGGUCAAAGGCCAGCCCUGCGGCUUCUCACUCGGCCCUGGGCCCGGCCCUUUCCCGGGGAGGCCCCACCUCGAACGGCCUGCAGAGCCUCGCCCAGAGAGGUCAGGAAAUAGCUCAGGUCGCACAGCGAGUUCAGGCGAGCCCCGACUGUCCGGCCAUGGGCUGGGAGCUCCUCUCCGAAACUCCAAAGGCCGAGGCUGGGCUCGGUCCAGCUGCAGGUCCCAAGGCCAGACGGCCUGGAUUCAAACCUCAGCUCUCACCAGGCCCUGAUCGCCAGGAACAGGAUUGGCCCAGGGCGGUGCUCCAGGGGGAGGGACCAGCUCAGAGGACACAAAGAGGGAUGGAGGGUGACGGCCAGUCUUACAACGGACAUUAAGGGGACCUCGUCAUUUGCUUCUGGGCAGUGGCCUAGGGUCAGGACAAAAUAGGCCACGGCACCUGAUGACAGGUAGGGCGGUUCCAGGCCUAUUUCCUUAUUCCUUCGUCCACCUAGUCCAGGGCGUGGCAUUCUCCCAGCCCAGGGAAGCUGGCUCUGAAUUACUCAGCUGCCACUCCCGGCAACCUGUCUGCUGCCACCGGCUCGCCGGUUCCCCAGCAACUCUGACCCAUGGACCCACCGGGCCGGGCCGGGCGGCAGUGUCCGUGGCGGCCCUGGCUGGCGGGGCUGCUGCUGCAGCUGCUGUUGGCGGUGUGCUUCUUCUCCUACCAGCGUGUGUCCCAUGACGGUCGCACCGGGGCCCCUAGGCCAGGGCUCGUCGCACUGGAAUCUGUCCCCGAGAGGCCAGCAGGGGCGACGUCCACCACUGGGUCCCGCUGCCAGGCCACGCCAGGGGCCCCUGCCCGCCCGGCCCUCCUCAUCCUGCUGUGGACGUGGCCUUUCCACAUCCCUGUGUCUCUGUCCCGCUGCUCAGAGAUGCUGCCCGGCGCGGCCGACUGCCACCUGACCGCCGACCGCAGCGUGUACCCGCGCGCGCACGGGGUCAUCGUGCAUCACUGGGAUGUCAUGUUCAACCCAAAGGCGCAGCUCCCGCGGUCCCCGAGGCCACCGGGGCAGCGCUGGGUCUGGUUCAACAUGGAGCCGCCACUCAAAGCCCUGCACCUGCAGGCCAUGGACGGGCACUUCAACCUGACCAUGUCCUACCGCAGCGACUCCGACAUCUUCAUGCCCUACGGCUGGCUCGAGCCCUGGCCCGGCCAGCCCGCCCACGCCAUGGUCAACCUCUCGGCCAAGACCGAGCUGGCGGCCUGGGUGGUGUCCGGCUGGAGGCCCGACUCGGCCAGGGUGCGCUACUACGAGGCGCUGCGGGCGCACCUGCAGGUGGACGUGUACGGCAAGCAGCACAGGCCGCUGCCCCGCGACGGCAUGGCGCGCCAGCUGGCCCGCUACAAGUUCUACCUGGCCUUCGAGAACUCCCGGCACCGCGACUACAUCACGGAGAAGCUGUGGCGGAACGCCAUGGACGCCUGGGCCGUGCCCGUGGUGCUGGGGCCCAGCCGGGCCAACUACGAGCAAUUCCUGCCCCCCGACGCCUUCAUCCACGUGGACGACUUCCAGAGCCCCCGAGACCUGGCCCGCUACCUGCAGGCGCUGGACAAGGACCCGGCGCGCUACCUCGCCUACUUCCGCUGGCGCGAGGCGCUGCGGCCGCGCUCCUUCAGCUGGGCGCUGGCCUUCUGCAAGGCCUGCUGGCAGCUGCAGCAGGAGCCCCGGUACCACACGGUGCCCGGCCUGGCCGCCUGGUUCACCUCAGGGGCCUCUGAGCCUGGGGCCUCCUGGCCUGGGACCUCCCCGGCUGGGACCUCCCGGGUUGGGCUGCAGCCAACGGGGGCCUGACCUAUCCGGGGCCACACCCACCUGGGACUGCAGCUACCUGGGUCCUAGGCUGCGGGGACCUCACCUGUCUGGGGCUUCCCUUGUUUGCGGACCUAGCUGCCUUAGGGCUCACCUGCUGUGGUCCUGGCUGCUGGAGACCUCAGCCCUUGAGGACUUCAUCUGCUGGGCACCCGAUACCAGACACCUUGGCCUGUGGGAGGUUACCUGCCGGGAGCCUCACCUGGCUGGGGACCUCCCCACCAGGGCACUCAGCCCCUGGGGACCUGGCUCCCUGGUGUCCCGCCCCCUGGUGAUGGUUCCGGCUGCCCCACCUGCUGGGGUCAUUGCUGCUAUUGGUAACAGCCUGUGACAUGUGCAGACAGACAAUGUUGUGACCAAUUUCCAGAAAAGAAUGGUUUGAGUAAAACUUGUGUCCCCCUUA